AUGAGGAAAGGCCAAGUCUUGGAGGUAUCUAACAUGAGCAUUGAAGAGUUAGGUCUUCACAUGACCCAAGAUUGUUUGGCACACACACCUCCCAUACUUGAAUACUUCUUGCGAGUUCACUCUAAAGAUGAGCUUGCUAAGGCGUUUGUUACUUUCGUAUAUGAGCACAAGAUCUUUAGCUACUUUGAGAAUCCCAUGGAGUCGCUGAGUGUGAUCAAAGAUGAUGUCCAUAUUGUAGCGUAUCGGAGGAAUCAGAUGCAGAAAAAAUCAGGAGAAUUAAAACUUGAAAUGCUUCAUGGAGGGCAAGAAAGAAGCCACUAA